CCAGCCACAGUGUCUCUCCCAACCUCGUCGAUCUAGACAUCCCCAAUUUUUAAUUUUAAUUAAUCUAUUUGUCAUAGUUUCUCACCAUUGUUGCCAUUUUUUCUUCUUCUUCCUGCUCCUUUUCUUCUCCUGGGAUUACUUCCGUAUUUCUUUACUUAGUAAUUAAUCUCCUUUUCUUGCUCUUGCUAUUCCUGUUAGAUUUUAGUUUUAUUUUCGGGCCUUCGGGGUCGAGAUCGAUUUUGCAGGUUUUAAGAAUAUCCCUGUUGGUGCAUCUAUUGUGAAGUUGGUGACUUGAUAUAAAAUCGGCUCAUAGGCAUCUGCUUUGAUGGAGAAGGAGGUAAAUCCAGUGGCGGAGAAACCAGUUUGCAGCUCAUUGCCGAACAAAAAAAGCCAUGGGAAAAUUCCAAAGAAAAUUCACAAAGCUGAGAGGGAGAAACUGAAACGUGACCAUUUGAAUGAGCUAUUUCUUGAGCUAGGAAAUGCUCUUGAACCAGCUAGGCAGAACAAUGGAAAGGCCACUGUUUUAGGUGAUGCCACUCGAAUAUUGCAGGAUCUGCUAGCUCAGGUUGAAUGUCUCAAAAGGCAAAAUGCAGCUCUGUUAUCUGAAUCACAUUAUGUGACCAUUGAGAAGAGUGAGCUGAGAGAGGAGAAUUCUGCCCUAGAAGCUGAAAUUGAGAAGCUACAGAGUGAACUACAGGAAAGGGUUCAGUGCAAACCUGCAUGGGCUGCAGCUUCAGCCCCAUUGCAGAACAAGAGUUCAGGAUCACAUCUGCCUGAGGAUCAUCAUCUCACAUUGCCUGUUUUAGACUCCACUUUGCAGCCAGCCCCUGUUGUUGCACCAGUCUUCGUCAUUCCUGUCCAUUGUGACCUUCAAGUGUAUCCAGAGCCUGAAACUGUACAAACUUGUAAACCUCCCUCACAAGUGAGCAGACCACAUGCUCGAUAUCCCACCCCUUCAGACUCGUGGCCUGCACAAUUGCUUGCGGAGCAAUCAUAUGCAGCAAAAGAAGGCUUGCUUAGUAGUAAAAAUACCACAGUCGUCAGAGGGGGAGAACAAGUUGCAGGCAGGGUAUAAGCUUAUCAAGUUCUAGUUGGAUCAUAUUUUUAGAUGUGCUCAGAGAGCAUCUAAAAUUAUAUAAAUGUUUAAUCCUCAAUUUAACUAUAGGCUUCUCAGAUGCAUAUGGGUUAGUGCUGGGUUUUAAGUUUAGCAUGUGUAAUUGUGUACAAUACACAAUGACGACAAAGAUGAUGAUGCACCAUUGACGAAUGACAAUGGUUGGAUCAAGAGUUUGGUACGUGUGGAGGUUGAUAGUCUUACAAUCUCUAGUGUUAUCUGGUGAUAAAUUCAAAUUAACAUUUUUUCUAUGAAGUACAAA